CAUACAGUCUGUGCGCGUGCCCCGUGUCGCGCACGUCGGAGGAGCAGUGAGGAUCAUGGCGGAGCGCAGGAGACACAAGAAGCGGAUCCAGGAGGUGAGCGAGCCCACCAAGGAGGAGAAGGCGGUGGCCAAGUAUCUCAGAUUCAACUGCCCCACCAAGUCCACGAACAUGAUGGGUCACCGGGUCGACUACUUCAUUGCCUCAAAGGCAGUGGACUGUCUUCUGGACUCCAAAUGGGCCAAAGCUAAGAAGGGAGAGGAAGCCCUGUUCACCACCAGAGAGUCUGUGGUGGAUUACUGCAACAGACUCCUGAAGAAGCAAUUCUUCCACCGAGCUCUCAAAGUGAUGAAGAAAAAACCUGAGAAAGACACGAAGAAGGAGAAAGAGAAGGAGAAAGAGAAAGAGAAGGAGAAAGAGAAGGAGAAGGAGAAAGAGAAGGAGAAAGAGAAGGCCAAGGGCGACAGCAGCAAAGAGGAGGAGAAAAAGGGGAAGAAGGAGAAAGAGAAGAAGAAAGAGCCUGAAGCUGCUGAAACCAAGAAAGACAAGAGCGAUGACAGUCCUGGAACCCCCAAGAAGAAAAAAGAAGUGAAGAAGAAGUUUAAACUGGAGCCUCAUGAGGAUCAGCUGUUUCUGGAUGGAAAUGAGGUGUUCGUGUGGAUUUAUGAUCCCGUCCAUUUCAAGACGUUCGCUAUGGGACUGAUUCUCGUUAUUGCAGUGAUCGCGGCCACACUGUUCCCGCUGUGGCCAGCAGAAAUGCGUGUAGGAGUUUACUAUCUAAGUGUUGCAGCAGGCUGCUUCGUGGCCAGUAUUCUGCUUCUAGCUGUUGCCCGCUGUAUCCUCUUCCUGAUCAUUUGGCUUGUGACCGGCGGGCGCCAUCACUUCUGGUUCCUCCCCAACCUCACAGCCGACGUCGGCUUCAUCGACUCGUUCAGGCCGCUCUACACUCACGAGUACAAAGGACCGCGAGCCUCCAACAAGAAGGGCUCCGACAAGACCGACGAGAAGGACGGGGCCGCCUCCACCAAGGCUCAGAAGUCCGACAGCGACGAGAAGUCCGACAGCGAGAAAAAGGACUGCGAUGACGAAGAGGAAGAGGAAGAGGAGGAGAGCAAAGAGGCGGGGCAAGAGGAGUGUCAAGAAGCAGUGGGGGAGGGAACAGGGGCCGAGCGCCACUCGGACACAGACAGCGACCGGCGUGAGGACGAAGGCUCGCAGCACAGCAACGGAAACGACUUUGAGAUGAUCACCAGAGAAGAGCUGGAGCAGCACACGGAAGAAGAAGAAGAAGAGGAGGAAGAGGAGGAGGAGGGGGAGGGGGAGAAAGAUGAGGAGACGCAACAAAGGAAAGAAGAUGGUGGGAGUGAGACUAAAACCCAGACUGCUGAAACAUAAACUUCUUACAAUCCCAUCACUCUCUACUUUUCUCUGUCCCUCUCUCCCUCCUGUGAUCAAGGUCCAGUGUCUCUGAGGCCACAGAGCCUCCAUCUCUCCUCAUCAGGAUCUUCCACUAAACUGGGAUAGACACAACACUCAAACGUUAACCUACAACAAUGGAGGGGGAAACUUAUAUUAAACAAAAGAAAAGAAGCCUUAUGAUGGAUCCUCCCACUCAAAUGUUAUUUAUGUUAAAAUAAAAACUGCCACCGGAUGUUAGCCUGAGGAAGUUGCCAAUGAAAACCCACCAGACCAACAACUCAAUCUUCUCUUUUCAUUGAUGUCAUUUAAACUUUGAAUAUUUUAUUUAUGGCCUGUCAUUUGCGUUAUUCUUCCUCUUUUUUUUUUAGGUCAAAUCCACAUCUGAGAGCGAUCGUGUUAAACUGACCAGUAAGAAAAGAUGUGCUAGUUAUUCACCUGCUUCUCUGAGCUCCAGGUCGUUGGUACAAUCAUGGUUGUUCUGGAGUUCGCCAUAAAGCCCCUUUUUCUUUUUUCACCGUUUUCAAACCAUUGCACGUCUGAUAGCUUUCUCGGGCAGCACUAAAAGCUAACUGGCCAGCACGUCUGCUUGGAAAUGAAGCCGGAUGGACCAAAUCCUGUAGUUUAUUAGGAAAAAUAAAAAGUGAAAAAAACGACCAUACGGUGGCUGGAUAGAGUAUUUACAGAGCAGAGGUAGUACGGCUCCUUGAGGUACUUGCCAUUGUCAGAAUUGUUUUUUAUUUUUGUUUCAAAUGAAUGGCUGAUAAUCACAGUGCAAUCCUCUCACAGUCUGACAAACGUUUACUUCAUGUUUAAUAAUGUGCGACUCGUCUUGAAGAGUAAAUGUGACCGACUGGGACUCAGCUGGCGCGCUUGACUUUCUUUUUUUUCUUUUUAAAAAGACCGCAGCGUUGGUUGUAUAACUACAGCGAGAAGAUGAAACCCUGAUUUACUGAACCAGAGAAGAAGUAAAGCAAACUAGUGCCAAACACAACUAAUCAUGAUGUUCUGCACGUUAGAGCGAGGGGUAUGUUUUCUUAAUCUGUUCAUUUUGUAACCGCAGUGUCAAACUCAAACCUUUAACAUCUCAAAAAGGAAGCACAGCACAAGGUUGUUGGUGCGUCGCUAAACAAAGAUUAUUGGUCUCAAUGAAACCGCUUGUGUUCGCACUAGAGUAGACUGUGGUGUGAAAAAUCGGCGUUCUUCGUGAAUCAAGCUCCGCCGACCGGUACUGGAGCUCGACACAUUGUCCGUACCUGGUGGCCGUGGUCCAAGCUGUUUCUUCACAUUAUCUUAUGGCUAGAAAAUGUCUUAGAUCUGCUCUCUUAGGUCAUAGCGAGGAUUAUAUUAAAGUAUAAGAAAUAGAAAUGUAUCAUUUAUAUAUGGAUUCUAUUGAUAUAUCAAAUAUACUGUCUAAGAAACUAUAAAACAGCUUUUCUUUCCUCCUUUUCUUUUGUACUGGGAAUAAUAACACCUCCUAAAUGUUUAUAAUGCUAAUUUGUGUUUUUAUAUGUUCAUCAUCUGGGAUUAGAAAACCGUGGGAAUUUCAACAUCUGUAUUUCUUUUUACACUUGCCACUGUAGCGUUGAAUGUGUGAUAUGGUUGGUUUGUCGUGCGCUGCCACAGCUGUAUUCCUCCCACUAACAAUGGUCAGUCAUUAACCCGAGGUUAUAAAACUAGUGGCUUGUGUAACGCUGAGAGCGAUCGGCCAUUUCCCACAUAAUCUGAUGUGGCAAAACCAAUAUUCUAACGUAUUGCAAACACUUUCUGUCGGGUCGUCCUUUUGUUUUUUUCUUGAAAUGAACUCCCCUCAACCGUAUUUAGUCGUUUAAUCUCCUGCUCCUGUUUGUUUUCUGAUAUCUUUGUUUUUUUCUCUUCUUCCCCUCAAUGGGCAAAGUGCAUCUCUUGUGUCCUCUGAGUUGCCAGUUGCUCAAUAUCAGCAAAACCGUUUCACAAAAGAGAGAAAAAAUAUGAUUCUCCUAAUUGACUGCUGCACAGUAUCGGUCUGUUGUAUGUUGUAGUAUUAUUAUUACUCUCUAUGCUGCUGCUUCUCAUCGCACAUUUCUGGGGGAAAUAAAAGUGAAAAUGUAAAACAUCCAUGUUUUAUCUCUUGGUCAAAAAAAAAACGUCUUUUGAUCACUUUUGGAUCAGUGUCAUUCUGAAGACUGUCUCAUGCAAUAUUGGAGUAUAAUUUAAUAAAAAUGGAUGUCUGGAAAUAUAUCUGUAUCUUCUUAUUGCAAUAAAAAUAUAGAAAGCA